AGGGGUCACUUUUCAAAGAGGGCGCUACGCCUUUGAGCCGCCCGCGCUUGCGCAGAUGUGAAUAGCGGGCUGUUGUGUCGGCAGCGCAUGCGUGUUGGCCGUUUGCUGUGAGCGUUGCUGCCGCGGCCACAACACAGGAGCGGGGGGGGGAGGAGGAGGUGGGCUGAAGCCGACCGUGGCACCGCUGCCGCCACCACCAUCAUGUCCUGCAGCCUCCUGCAUUUCUGCUCCUUCCAGGAUCUCCGGUCCAUCCACGAGUUCCUCUUUCCGCAACAGAAGGAGGAAGCGAAGGGCGGCGAUAAAGAACACAGCUGGGAGGAUGAAGACUGGGGAGCAUGGGAAGAUGGUGAAUUGAAAGAAACUAAGGAAGAUAAUUCUCCAAGUAAGGCACCAACUGUAUCAUGGUUACAAGAUUGUGUGAUAUCAUUGUCACCAACCAAUGAUCUGAUGGUAAUGGCAAGGGAUCAGAAAGCUGUAUUCCUAGUGCCAAAAUGGAAGAAUAACGAAAAAGGUAAAAAUGAAAUGCAAUAUUGUGUUACCUGGAGCGGUACUUUGAAUGUUGAAGAAGGUGAAUGUGUCAGUAGUGCUAUUUGCAUACCAUUAGCAAGUCAGAAGAGAAGUUCCACAGGACGACCAGACUGGACGUGUAUAAUUGUUGGUUUUACCUCGGGAUAUGUACGAUUUUAUACUGAGAAUGGAGUUCUUCUUUUAGCUCAACUUUUAAAUGAGGACCCAGUUCUGCAGCUGAAAUGUCGAACUUAUGAGAUACCCAGGCAUCCUGGUGUCACAGAGCAGCAUGAAGAAUUGAGCAUUUUGUAUCCAUUUGCUCUUGUGACAAUAGAUGGAUUCAGCCUCUUUCAGUCUCUUCGUGCCUGUCGAAACCAAGUAGCAAGAGCUGCAGCUUCAGGUGCUGAAAGUGUGCAACCUCCACCUUUAACGUAUAAAAAAUGGGGUUUACAGGACAUUGAUGUGAUUGUGGACCAUGCAAGCAUAGGAAUCAUGACACUAUGUCCAUUUGAUCAGUUGAAGACUGCCUCUAUUUUAGGUGGAGUAAAUGCUACCGUAAAGAGCAGCCCACCAGCCAUGUCAGCAUAUGUAACGGUUGGUUCUGGUCCAUUCACAGGGUUUUUCUACGCUUUGGAGGGUAGCACUCAGCCUUUGCUAUCACAUGUUGCUUUAGCAGUUGCCAGCAAACUCACAUCAGCUUUAUUUAAUGCAGCUAGUGGAUGGCUUGGCUGGAAAAACAAACAUGAUGAAGAAGCAGUGCAAAAACAGAAGCCAAAAGUUGAACCUGCAACCCCUCUUCCUGUAAGGUUUGGGAUUCCAGAUUCUCGUCGGCGUGGAGAACAUGUUUGCUUAUCACCUUGUAACACCCUGGCAGCUGUAACAGAUGAUUUUGGCCGUGUCACAUUACUCGAUGUAGUAAGAGGAGUAGCAAUACGUAUGUGGAAAGGAUAUCGUGAUGCAGAGGUAGGCUGGAUCCAGGUAGUAGAAGAUCUUCAUGAAAGAGAAAUGGAGAAAAGCAACACGUCUCCCUUCAGCAGUCCCACAGGUCUAAGGCGUGUGGCUCAAUUCCUGGUUAUUUAUGCUCCAAGGAGAGGAAUCCUAGAAGUAUGGAGCACCCAGCAAGGUCCUAGAGUUGGAGCAUUUAAUGUAGGAAAACACUGCAGGUUAUUAUAUCCUGGAUACAAGAUAAUGGGAUUGAACAACGUUACCAGCCAGGGUUGGCAACCACAAACCUACCAGAUUUGUCUAUUUGAUCCAGUGGAUGGUAAUGUGAAAACCAUCAGUGUUCCCUUCCAUCUUGCUCUUAGUGAUAAGAAAAGUGAAAGAGCAAAGGAUAUGCAUUUAUUGAAGCGGCUAACUGUUUUGUUGAAGGCCAAAGUCUCUAAUCCUGAAACUUUAGAAACAGAGAUAAAGACUCAUCUUCUUGAUAUUAAGUAUCCUACCAUGAAAAAGCAGGCUUUAGAAAGACUACUAGCAAGUAAAAAUAUCCCACUAUCUUGCUUAACAAAUUUAAUCCAGGCACUGUUGGACAACUUAAUGAACCAAGACCCUGAAAGUGUUGAUGAAGGAUUGUUGCAAUUUUGCCUCAGUCAGCUGAAAUUGCUGCACCUUUAUACAUGUGUAAGCAAACUCAACUCUGAAGACGUGGAGCAGAAUGGAGCUAAAACUAGUAGUGAAUUGGCUUCUUUGCUAAGACUAGAAGAAAGGGAAUCUGAAAAAAUUCAAACACUUCUGGAGAAUUAUCGUCAAGGAAAUACCAAAAGUACAGUUCAGUUUGAGGAAGAUGAAAAUUAUAAACUUCCAAUUCAAAUGUUCUUGGAAUAUCUUGAAUUUGAAAAAGAAACAGUUAAUGUGAAGAAAGUAGAUGAAGAAGAAUAUGUUGCUUUGGGCAAUUUCUUUUUCUGGAAAUGUUUAUGUGGGAAGUGCUCUGUGGAAGAGAUGUGCCGUUUGCUGGAGUCAGCAGGAGUGAGGCCUCAGCAAUUUUUGUCUCUGCUUCUUUCUAUGUGGCUCUUCAGGGAGAAAGAAAUCCUCAAGAACCAGGAAUCAAUUAGCUACCUCCAUAUUACGCUAUCACACUUAAUCAAAAUGAAAGGUGCCAUUGAUGAUUCAUGGGACCUUCAGUCGGUGUCUCCUUGGUGGCAGCAAAUGCGCACUGCAUGUGCACAAGCAGAGAAUAUUGGAGCUGCAUUAUUAGCUGCGCUUAUUGGAAGGAGUGUAUCUAUAAGUGUAACAAACAGUCUGGCUGAGAAAGAUCGGGAGGAAAUUGGUUCGGAUGGAAUGACUGAUUCUUGGGAAGCAUUGUCUCUUGAUAUGGAACACUGGAAUAUGUUACUGAGACAGCUUGAAGAUUGUCUAGUUCUCCAAACACUUCUGCUGAGCAAAGGGAAUAAACCAACCUGCUGUCAUUCUGAGCCACUUUCCCGUAUUUCUGUGAAAAAACUUUUGGAGGGUGGUAGAGGGGUUGUUGCUGAUGGUGUGGCAAAAUGGAUAUUCAAACUGGAUCUUACUCCAAGUAUUCUGAAACAGGCCCAUCAGUCCAGGAGAUUAGAAAGUACUGAAGAACCAGUGGAAGAAGAGCACAACAUUCUCUUCCAUGAGAAGUGCAGAGAGCUUGGCUUGGAAAGGAUAUUAGAGUUUCUUCAGUUGGCUUAUGAGCGAUUUCCAUACAGUCUAGAACCUGAUGUUCUUCAUGCACAUUGUUGUUGGGAAUACGUAGUGCAAUGGAACAAAGAUCCAGAGGAAGGCCGGUUUUUGAGCAGAUCUGUGGAUCAUCUGAAAUGCAUUGCCAAUGGUCAUGUUCAGCGUGGUAUUGCUGUAAUGAUGUGGAAUACUUUUAUUGUAAAGAGACUGUCAGCUGCUGCUUACCUAAUGGAUAAGGUUGGGAAAGCACCGAAAGACAGACUGUGCAGAAGAGAUGUGGGCAUGAGUGACACAGCCAUGACUUCUUUCCUUGGCUCUUGUUCACUGCUGAUUCAGACUUUAAUGGAGGCUGAAAUUAGCAGUGAUGAGAUGAAGGAACCACUUCUGGAGAUAGAAGACACCUGGUCAGCUAUAGAGGGUCCAACAUCAAUAGUGGAUCUGGCUCUAGAACAAAGACAUGUCCAUUAUCCAUUGGCUGAACACCACUACAUUCUAGCUGUUAUUAUGCAUGGAAUAAUGCUUUUUGGAAUGAAAUCUGUCAAAAUAUUUAGUCUAUUUGAUAGUAAGGGCAAAAAUGCAUUUUUCAAGGAGUUGACCUCAGUCCAAUUGCUGCCAAGUGGUGAUAUGGAUCCUAACAUCAUCUCCCUCAGACAGCAGUUCUUAAUGAAAUUAGUCAGUGCUGCAGUCCAAGAACUAAUUAAACCUCCAAAUACUGAGCAUGCUUCUGAACAUCAAUCUUAUCAAGAGCAAAAUGAAGAUUGGCCCUUGGUGGCAGUAGAGCUGUCUCAGAACCUCCAAGUGAAUGAGGAUGUUAUUCGACGACAUCAUGUGUGUGAACUAUACAGUCAUGGAAUUGACCACAUUGGUGAAGAGGCAAUUCUCCAAGUACAUGAUCAAGAGGUUCUGGCAUCCCAGUUGCUUGUGCUGACAGGACAGAGGCUUGCAUAUGCUUUACUUCACACUCAAACUAAGGAGGGAAUGGAACUGCUGGCCAGACUCCCUCCAGUGUUGUGCACUUGGCUUAAGGCCAUGAAUCCUCAGGAUCUUCAAAACAAAGAUGUGCCAAUUGUAGCAACAGCUCAAUUGGUGAGGAAGGUGAUAGAACUCUUACCUGAAAACCAUGGGCAAUACAGCCUGGUGCUGCAUCUGUUGGAAGCAGUUGAUGCCAUAUCAUCAUUGUGACACGAGUUGGCUAAUUUUUAUUUAAAGUGGUUUCCAGACUUGACCAGCUGGGAAGAGCUUGGAUCAUUAUGUAAAUUUGACAUUUUGUUUUGGAUAAUCAUGUUACUGACUGCUUCAUAUUUAACAGAAGCCUUUAGUACCCAUCUAUGAGUUCUUAUCCUAAUACCCAAAUACAUCUGCAUGGCCAUGGUUGCAUACUAGUAAGCUUUGCUUCAGCUUUCUCAUUAUUGUAAAAAAAAAAUGGUAUUGGUUUCAGAGGAUGCCAUAUUCUGUGUUGCUUUAACUGUGCAAAAUAGAUGGCAGCUAAAGAAAGUCUAUACCUUAAGGUAUUAUGAAGUGAAUUAAUUGCAUAGCAUGUGGUCUUUCUGGAUAUUUAUACCAAGCCAUAAAUCUAUGGUUUUAAAUCCCCACUGUUGAAGAUGGACAAACAAGCAUUUUGCAAAUUUGCUGUAGCACUAACCGGAACCACACCAAGAAUAGCAAUGACUAUUUAAUGAAGCUUUCUGUAACUAAAAUAAAGGCAAAAUUGUAGUUUAUUUUAUUAAUGUAAAAGA